AGAAACAGCCAUACCGGAGAGCAGGCUCGCUGCAUCCUUCGCCGUCGAUCCGCUUGGUCAACCACCACUUAGUAAGCUCUUUCGUAAACAGACAGAGAAAAUGGACACCACAGGGGUCAAAGUGCUGGAGACAGCCGAAGACAUCCAGGAGCGCCGACAGCAGGUGCUGGACCGCUAUCGGCGUUUCAAGGAGCUGUCGAUGAUGCGUCGGACAAAGCUGGAGGACUCUUACCGCUUUCAGUUCUUCCGCCGUGACGCGGAUGAGUUGGAGAAGUGGAUCCAAGAGAAGCUGCAGAUCGCCUCUGAUGAGAACUACAAAGACCCCUCCAACCUGCAGGGUAAACUGCAAAAACAUCAGGCCUUUGAAGCCGAAGUUCAGGCCAAUGCUGGAGCCAUUAUCAAACUGGAUGAGACUGGAAACCUUAUGAUCAGCGAGGGCCACUUCUCCUCUGAGACAAUUCGAACUCGUCUUGAGGAGCUGCAUCGCUUAUGGGACCUUCUGCUGCAGAAGACCAAGGAGAAGGGCAUGCGUCUCCUGCAGGCCCAGAAACUGGUCCAGUACCUGCGUGAGUGUGAAGAUGCCCUGGACUGGAUCAGUGACAAGGAGGCCAUAGCCACCUCCGAGGAGCUGGGCCAGGACCUGGAGCAUGUGGAGCUUCUGCAGAAGAAGUUUGAGGAGUUCCAGACCGAUCUGGCUGCCCACGAGGAACGUGUGAACGAGGUGAACCAGCUGGCAGCCAAGCUGAUACAGGAAGCCCAUCCAGAGGCUGAGCUCAUAGUUCGCAAGCAGGACGAGGUGAACGCAGCCUGGCAGCGCCUGAAGGGUCUGGCCCAGCAGAGGCAGGGCAAGCUGUUUGGGGCAGCUGAGGUGCAGCGCUUCAACAGGGAUGUGGAUGAGACCAUCAGUUGGAUCAAGGAGAAAGAGCAGCUGAUGGCCUCUGAUGACUUUGGUCGGGACCUGGCCAGUGUGCAGGCUCUGCUUCGCAAACACGAGGGUCUGGAGAGAGAUCUGGCUGCCCUGGAAGAUAAGGUCAACACUCUUGGUGGUGAUGCAGAGCGUCUGCAGCAGACUCAUCCGCAAAAUGCCUCCCAAAUCCAUCUGAAGAAGGACGAACUAAUCACAAACUGGGAACAGAUUCGCACUCUGGCCGCUGAGCGCCACUCACGACUCAACGACUCCUACCGGCUGCAGCGUUUCACUGCUGACUUCAGGGAUCUGACCAGCUGGGUGACAGAGAUGAAAGCUUUGAUCAAUGCUGACGAACUGGCCAAUGAUGUGGCUGGAGCUGAGGCUCUGCUAGACCGCCACCAGGAGCAUAAGGGAGAGAUUGAUGCUCACGAAGACAGUUUUAGAGCCACUGAUGAAGCCGGACAGGCCUUGCUCAAUACAGGACACUACGCAUCUGAGGAGGUCAAAGAAAAGCUGGGCAUCCUUGCUGAAGAGAAGGAGUCUCUGCUGGAGUUGUGGGAGGUUCGUAGGCAGCAGUAUGAGCAAUGUAUGGACCUGCAACUCUUCUACAGGGACACUGAGCAAGUUGACAACUGGAUGAGCAAGCAAGAGGCUUUCCUCUUGAAUGAAGACCUUGGUGACUCCCUGGACAGUGUAGAGGCACUGCUGAAGAAACACGAGGACUUUGAGAAGUCACUUAGUGCCCAGGAAGAGAAGAUCACUGCCCUGGAUGAGUUUGCCACCAAACUAAUCCAGAACAACCAUUAUGCCAAAGAGGAUGUGGCUACUCGCAGAGAUGCUCUCCUCAACCGUCGUAAUGCCCUGCAUGAGCGUGCUCAGUCUCGUCGUGCUGCUUUGGAGGACUCUUUCCACCUGCAGCAGUUCUUCAGGGACUCCGAUGAGCUCAAGAGCUGGAUCAAUGAGAAGAUGAAGACUGCCACAGACGAAGCUUACAAGGACCCCUCCAACCUGCAGGGCAAGGUGCAGAAACACCAGGCUUUUGAAGCUGAGCUGUCAGCCAAUCAGAGCCGCAUUGAUGCCCUGCAGAAGUCUGGCCAGGAGCUGCUGGAUGGAAAGCAUUACGCCUCCACUGAGGUGGCUGGCCGCAUGGAGGAGGUCAGCUCCCAGUGGAAGAAACUGCUGGAGGCUACCGAGCUCAAAGGCAUCAAGCUCCGUGAGGCCAACCAGCAACAGCAGUUCAACAGGAACGUAGAGGACAUUGAGCUGUGGCUGUAUGAAGUUGAGGGCCACCUAGCUUCAGACGACUAUGGAAAAGACCUGACCAGUGUCCAGAACCUGCAAAAGAAACAUGCACUGUUGGAGGCUGAUGUGGCCGCUCACCAGGAUCGCAUUGAUGGCAUAACAAUCCAGGCUCGCCAGUUCCAAGAUGCUGGACACUUUGAUGCUGACAACAUUCGCAAGAAACAAGAGGCUUUAGUGGUGCGUUAUGACGCUUUGCGCGAGCCUAUGGCUGCACGCAAGCAGAAACUGUCUGACUCUCUGAGGCUCCAGCAGCUGUUCAGAGAUGUGGAGGACGAGGAGACUUGGAUCCGUGAGAAAGAGCCCAUUGCUGCCUCUACUAACAGAGGCAAAGACCUGAUUGGUGUCCAGAACUUGCUGAAGAAGCACCAGGCCCUGCAGGCUGAGAUCACCGGACAUGAGCCUCGCAUUAAGGCGGUCACCCAGAAAGGAGAGGCCAUGGUGGAGGAAGGACACUUUGCUGGAGAAGAUGUGAAAGUGAAGCUGACAGAACUACAUGGACGCUGGGACACUCUGAAGGCCAAGGCCUCCCAGAGGAGACAGGAUCUGGAGGACUCUCUGCAGGCCCAGCAGUACUUUGCUGAUGCCAACGAAGCAGAGUCUUGGAUGAGGGAGAAGGAGCCCAUCGUGGGGAGCACAGACUACGGCAAAGAUGAGGAUUCUGCUGAGGCUCUGCUGAAGAAGCAUGAGGCCCUGAUGUCUGACCUGAGCGCCUAUGGCAGCAGCAUUCAAGGCCUGAAGGAACAGGCCCAGUCCUGCAGGCAACAAGUGGCACCAACUGAUGAUGAGACCGGGAAGGAACUGGUCCUGGCCUUGUACGACUACCAGGAGAAGAGUCCCCGUGAAGUUACCAUGAAGAAGGGGGACAUCCUCACCCUGCUCAACAGCACCAACAAGGAUUGGUGGAAGGUGGAGGUGAACGAUCGCCAGGGCUUUGUUCCUGCUGCAUAUGUGAAGAAGCUGGACCCUACCCAGUCCUCCUCUAGGGAAAACCUGCUGGAUGAACACGGCAGCAUUGCACUGCGCCAAGACCAGAUUGAGAAUCAGUACGGUACUCUGUUGGAGCUGGGAGAGAAACGCAAGGACAUGCUGGAGAAGAGCUGCAAGAAAUUUAUGUUGUUCCGUGAGGCCAACGAGCUGCAGCAGUGGAUCAAUGAGAAAGAGAGCGCCCUCACUAAUGAGGAGGUUGGCUCUGACCUGGAGCAGGUCGAGGUCCUGCAGAAGAAGUUUGACGACUUCCAGAAGGACCUAAAAGCCAAUGAGUCUCGCCUGAGGGACAUCAACAAAGUGGCUUCUGAGCUGGAGUCUGAAGGCCUGAUGGCUGAGGAGGCCCCCAUGGUUCAGGCUCAGCAGCAAGAGCUGUCUGGUGCUGCUCCUGGCAAGGAUGAAGCUGAUUCUAAGACUGCCUCUCCAUGGAAGAAUAUACGCUUGGCUGUUCAAACAACGGCUAACUUUAAUACUAUCAAGGAGCUGAAUAAUCGCUGGCGGUCCCUGCAGCAGCUGGCUGAAGAAAGAAGCAACAUGCUGGGCAGUGCCCACGAGGUGCAGCGAUUCCACAGGGAUGCCGAUGAAACCAAGGAGUGGAUCGAAGAGAAGAAUCAGGCCCUCAACACUGACAAUUAUGGUCAUGACUUGGCCAGUGUCCAGGCUCUGCAGCGCAAACAUGAAGGCUUCGAGAGAGACCUGGCAGCUCUGGGCGAUAAGGUGAACUCUCUUGGGGAGACAGCGGAGCGUCUGAUCCAGUCCCACCCUGAGGCAGUGGAUGACAUCCAGGAGAAGUGCACUGAGCUGAACACUGCCUGGAGCAGUCUUGUGGGACGUGCUGACCAGCGCAAAGACAAGCUUGGCAACUCCCACGACCUGCAGCGCUUCCUCUCUGACUUUAGAGAUCUGAUGUCCUGGAUUAAUGGCAUACGAGGGCUUGUCUCUUCGGAGGAGCUGGCCAAAGACGUGACCGGAGCCGAGGCCCUUCUGGAAAGACACCAGGAACACCGCACAGAGAUUGAUGCUCGUGCCGGUACCUUCCAAGCCUUUGAACAGUUUGGUCAGCAGCUGCUGGUGCGAGGCCACUAUGCUAGUCCUGAGAUUCAGCAGAAAUUGGAGGCUCUGGACCGUGAGCGUGCUGACCUUGAGAAGGCCUGGGUGCAGCGUCGCAUGAUGUUGGAUCAAUGCCUCGAGCUCCAGCUCUUCAACAGGGACUGUGAGCAGGCUGAGAACUGGAUGGCAGCUCGUGAAGCCUUCCUUGCUAGUGACGACAAGGGUGACUCCUUGGACAGUGUGGAGGCCCUCAUCAAGAAACAUGAAGACUUUGACAAGGCCAUUAACGUGCAGGAGGAGAAGAUUGCUGCUCUGCAGUCGUUUGCUGAUCAGCUGAUUGGAGCUGACCAUUACGCCAAACCUGAGAUCUUCAACCGCCGCAAUGAAGUCCUCGACAGGUGGCGUCGCCUGAAGGCCCAGAUGAUCGAAAAGCGUUCCAAGCUGGGUGAAUCCCAGACCUUGCAGCAGUUCAGCAGGGAUGUGGAUGAAAUUGAGGCUUGGAUCAGCGAGAAGCUGCAGACUGCAACUGAUGAGUCCUACAAAGAUCCCACCAACAUCCAGCUGUCCAAGCUGCUGAGUAAGCAUCAGAAACAUCAGGCAUUUGAGGCUGAGCUGCAUGCCAACGCAGACCGAAUCCGUGGAGUCAUUGAUACUGGCAACGCCCUGAUCCAGAGAGGAGCCUGUGCUGGCAGUGAGGAUGCCGUCAAGGCUCGCCUCAACGCUCUGGAUGAACAGUGGCAAUUCCUCGUCAACAAAUCUGCAGAAAAGAGCCAGAAACUCAAAGAGGCCAACAAGCAACAGAAUUUCAACACCGGCAUCAAGGACUUUGACUUCUGGCUGUCUGAGGUGGAAGCUCUUCUUGCCUCUGAGGAUUAUGGCAAAGACCUGGCCUCAGUCAACAACCUGCUGAAGAAACACCAGCUGCUGGAGGCUGAUAUUUCCGCCCAUGAGGAUCGUCUGAAGGACCUGAAUGGCCAGGCUGACAGCCUGAUGGCCAGCAAUGCCUUUGACACCUCCCAGGUGAAGGAAAAGCGCGAUGCUGUCAAUGGCCGCUUCGCCAAGAUCAAGAGCAUGGCUACUGGUCGCCGUGCUAAACUCAACGAGUCCCACCGCCUGCAUCAGUUCUUCAGGGACCUGGAUGAUGAAGAGUCUUGGAUCAAAGAAAAGAAGUUGCUUGUGAGUUCGGAGGACUACGGACGUGAUUUGACAGGAGUACAGAAUCUGAGGAAGAAACACAAGAGGCUGGAGGCUGAGCUGGGAGCCCAUGAGCCGGCCAUUCAGUCGGUGCUGGACACUGGGAAGAAGCUGUCUGAUGAUAACACCAUCGGCCAGGAGGAGAUCCAGCAGAGGCUUGCCCAGUUUGUCGACCACUGGAAGGAACUUAAAGACUUAUCUGGAGCAAGAGGUCAGAGGCUGGAGGAGUCGCUGGAGUACCAGCAGUUUGUGGCGAAUGUGGAAGAGGAAGAAGCUUGGAUUAAUGAGAAGUUGAAUCUAGUGGGAAGCGAGGACUAUGGAGAUACACUGGCUGCUGUGCAGGGCUUGUUGAAAAAGCAUGAAGCAUUUGAGACUGACUUCACCGUACACAGGGACAGGGUCAAUGAUGUGUGCACCAAUGGAGAGGAGCUCAUCAAGAAGAACAACCACCAUGUAGACAACAUCAGUGCCAAGAUGUCGGCUUUGCGAGGCAAAGUGUCUGAGCUGGAGAGGGCAGCAGCUCAGAGGAAGGCUAAGCUGGAUGAAAACUCUGCCUUCCUGCAGUUCAAUUGGAAGGCCGACGUGGUGGAGUCCUGGAUCGGUGAGAAAGAGAACAGCUUGAAGACUGAUGACUAUGGCAGAGACCUGUCCUCUGUCCAGACUCUGCUCACCAAACAGGAGACAUUUGAUGCUGGUCUCCAGGCCUUCCAGCAGGAAGGCAUCACCAACAUUACAGCUCUCAAGGACCAGCUGGUUGCCGCCAAGCAUGUCCAAUCAAAAGCCAUCGAAGCCCGUCACGCUGCCUUGAUUAAGCGCUGGAACCAACUGCUGUCCAACUCAGCCGCUCGCAAGAAGAAGCUUCUGGAGGCUCAAGAGCACUUCAGAAAGGUUGAGGACUUGUUCCUGACAUUUGCCAAGAAGGCAUCAGCCUUCAACAGCUGGUUUGAGAAUGCAGAGGAGGAUCUGACAGACCCAGUUAGAUGCAACUCUCUGGAGGAGAUCCGGGCGCUGCGUGAAGCCCAUGAGGCCUUCCGCUCCUCACUGAGCUCUGCUCAGGCCGACUUCAACCAGCUGGCUGAGCUGGACCAGCAGAUCAAGAGCUACCAGGUGGUGUCCAACCCCUACACCUGGUUCACCAUGGAGGCCCUAGAAGAGACCUGGAGGAACCUGCAGAAGAUCAUCAAGGAGCGAGAGCUGGAGCUGCAGAAGGAGCAGAGGAGGCAGGAGGAAAACGACAAGUUGCGUCAGGAGUUUGCGCAGCACGCAAACGCUUUCCACCAGUGGCUGCAGGAGACCAGGACAUACCUUCUGGAUGGGUCAUGUAUGGUGGAAGAAUCUGGUACCCUGGAGUCCCAGCUGGAGGCCACCAAGCGUAAGCACCAGGAGAUCCGGGCCAUGCGCAGCCAGCUGAAGAAGAUUGAAGACCUGGGUGCAGCUAUGGAGGAAGCGCUCAUCUUGGACAACAAGUACACAGAGCACAGCACAGUGGGCCUGGCUCAGCAGUGGGACCAACUGGAUCAACUGGGAAUGAGGAUGCAGCACAACCUGGAGCAACAGAUACAGGCCAGGAACACCACUGGAGUGACAGAGGAGGCUCUGAAGGAGUUCAGCAUGAUGUUCAAGCACUUCGACAAGGAGAAGUCUGGUCGUCUGAACCACCAAGAGUUCAAGUCGUGUCUGCGCUCGCUAGGCUACGACCUGCCCAUGGUGGAAGAGGGUGAACCUGAUCCUGAGUUUGAGGCCAUACUCGACACUGUGGAUCCCAACAGGGAUGGCAACGUGUCAUUGCAGGAGUACAUGGCAUUCAUGAUCAGCCGCGAGACAGAGAAUGUCAAGUCCAGUGAGGAGAUAGAGAGCGCCUUCCGAGCUCUCAGCACCGAGAACAAACCCUACGUCACUAAAGAAGAGCUCUACCAGAACCUGACCAAGGAGCAGGCGGACUACUGCCUCUCACACAUGAAACCGUAUCUCGACAGCAAGGGCCGCGAGCUGCCAUCAGCUUUCGACUUUGUGGAGUUCACCCGCUCGCUCUUCGUCAACUGAUCCCCCACCCACCAGGGACCAAUCGGGAUGCGUUUUCCCACACACACUUCAACACACGGCUGAAACUGCAUGAUUGUGGCACUAGGAAUACUCACUAAUAACAACUAUCUGUACUCUCUAUUUAUCUCGCUCUACCCUAACUCUUUGUGCUUCUCCUGAUAGCAUAGUGGAUCUGUCUACAUUUGAAUGUGAUUGUUUUAGCUGUUUUAGCUUGUGCUUUCAAUGAAUUUAAGAACCUAAUAGUAACAAUAAUGUUGUUAACAACACCUAAACAACUGCAGUGUGCUUUAAUAAACGCUACUGGUUAGAACUGGAAA